GUGCCCCGAGGGACCCUCCUCUAAGCUGCAAGCUGAAGCCCCCGGCCAAACACAUCUCCGCGUCCGUCCGUAGCCGGCACCCCGGGUGUUCCAAAGUCUCGCGCCAGGACCUGAGCCUCCAGGGUCUUCCCACCCGCCGACCCGUCUGCUCCGCAAAGCCACCGCUGGCUCCGUCAGACUCCGCCCGGCAGUCGGCUGCACCGAACUUGAUUUCUCACCUCUGCAGCCCCAUCACCUCCGUCCUCUUUCCCCCGUCUCGCCUCCACCCCCCCAAUUUCCUCCUCCUCGCCCCUCAUUUCCACCCUCCUCCCCCUCCCCCGGCCACUUCGCUAACUUGUGGCUGUUGUGAUGCGUAUUCCCGUAGAUCCGAGCACCAGCCGGCGCUUCAGCCCCCCCUCCAGCAGCCUGCAGCCCGGCAAGAUGAGCGACGUGAGCCCGGUGGUGGCUGCGCAACAGCAGCAGCAGCAGCAGCAGCAGCAACAGCAGCAGCAACAGCAGCAGCAGCAGCAGCAGGAGGCGGCCGCGGCGGCCGCAGCGGCAGCGGCUGCGGUGGCCGCUGUGCCCCGGUUGCGGCCGCCGCACGACAACCGCACGAUGGUGGAGAUCAUCGCCGACCACCCGGCCGAACUCGUCCGCACCGACAGCCCCAACUUCCUGUGCUCUGUGCUGCCCUCGCACUGGCGCUGCAACAAGACCCUGCCCGUGGCCUUCAAGGUGGUAGCCCUCGGAGAGGUACCAGAUGGGACUGUGGUUACUGUCAUGGCGGGUAACGAUGAAAAUUAUUCUGCUGAGCUCCGAAAUGCCUCUGCUGUUAUGAAAAACCAAGUAGCAAGGUUCAACGAUCUGAGAUUUGUGGGCCGGAGUGGACGAGGCAAGAGUUUCACCUUGACCAUAACUGUCUUCACAAAUCCUCCCCAAGUAGCCACCUAUCACAGAGCUAUUAAAGUUACAGUGGAUGGACCCCGGGAACCCAGAAGGCACAGACAGAAGCUUGAUGACUCUAAACCUAGUUUGUUCUCUGACCGCCUCAGUGAUUUAGGGCGCAUUCCUCAUCCCAGUAUGAGAGUAGGUGUCCCGCCUCAGAACCCACGGCCCUCCCUGAACUCUGCACCAAGUCCUUUUAAUCCACAAGGACAGAGUCAGAUUACAGAUCCCAGGCAGGCACAGUCUUCCCCGCCGUGGUCCUAUGACCAGUCUUACCCCUCCUACCUGAGCCAGAUGACGUCCCCGUCUAUCCACUCUACCACCCCACUGUCCUCCACACGGGGCACCGGGCUGCCUGCCAUAACCGAUGUGCCCAGGCGCAUUUCAGAUGAUGACACUGCCACCUCUGACUUCUGCCUCUGGCCUUCCACUCUCAGUAAGAAGAGCCAGGCAGGUGCUUCAGAACUGGGCCCUUUUUCAGACCCCAGGCAGUUCCCAAGCAUUUCAUCCCUCACUGAGAGCCGCUUCUCCAACCCACGAAUGCACUAUCCAGCCACCUUUACUUACACCCCGCCAGUCACCUCAGGCAUGUCCCUCGGUAUGUCCGCCACCACUCACUACCACACCUACCUGCCACCACCCUACCCCGGCUCUUCCCAAAGCCAGAGUGGACCCUUCCAGACCAGCAGCACUCCAUAUCUCUACUAUGGCACUUCGUCAGGAUCCUAUCAGUUCCCCAUGGUGCCGGGAGGAGACCGGUCUCCUUCCAGAAUGCUUCCGCCAUGCACCACCACCUCGAAUGGCAGCACGCUAUUAAAUCCAAAUUUGCCUAACCAGAAUGAUGGUGUUGACGCUGAUGGAAGCCACAGCAGUUCCCCAACUGUUUUGAAUUCUAGUGGCAGAAUGGAUGAAUCUGUUUGGCGACCAUAUUGAAAUUCCUCAGCAGUGGCCCAGCGGUAUCUGGGAACCACACCCCAAAUGUAUCAAUAUAUACAUAUAUAGAGAGGGUACAUAUAUAUGUAUAUUGAUUAGCUAUCUGCAAAGUGCCUAUUUUUUUGAGGAUUUUUUUCAUUCACUCACUCAGUCAUGAUCUUGCAACCGUAAGAGGGUAGAUAUUGAGAAGUAAAAGGCCCAGGAGAGACAAUCAGAUAAUCAGGUUUCAGAUUGUUUUCUGUUUAAAAUGUACUUUUAUAAAAAAAAAAAAAAAGAAAAAAAGGAAAAAGUUAUUUUUGUUGCUGUUGUUGUUUGGUCUGUUACCAUAAAUAACCUGUUCAUAUGCCAGUUCGGAGAGGUGGACUCCAGGUUCAGGAGGAAGAAGAGCAAAGCCGCUUCCUCUCUGUGCUUUGAAACCACACACCCUCACGGUUGCAGCUGUGUGUGGAGCAGUGCACUCUGCACCCCGGCUGACAGAGCCAGGCGCAUGUCAAGGGAAAAGAGGCAGAAUGGGUGCUUUCGUCACAGUCUGAUCCAUUCAGAAUAACUGUUCCAAAUUCUGCUUUCAGACUCACUGCAGGUACUCAUUUGAACCAUUAGGUUCAGUUUAUUUUUUCCCUACAUCAAGAAAGUGACUUCAAAAAUACUGAUCAGGACAGAUUAUUCUAUUUUACUUUUUUAUACUUUUUUCUCCCUUUUCCCAUUUAACCAAAACGAAGUCCCAUCCUGAAAACCUCCUUUCUCCUUUUAUGCAAAACUGAAAAUGGCAAUACGUUAUUAUAGCCAUAAUGGUAUAGAUAGUGUUUUUGUUUGGCUGUGUGUUGUUUUCUUUUUUUUUUAAAUUAUGAAUAUGUGUAAAAUCUGAGGUAACUUGCUAACGUGAAUUGUCAUAUAACUUUAAAGAUAUAUUUAUAAUUAUUUAAUGACAUUUGGACCCUUGAAACAUUUCUUAGUGUAUUGAUAUGUUGACUUCGGUCUCUAAAAGUGCUCUUUAUUAAAUAACAAAUUUCUUCAGUGGGCUAGAGCCAUAUCUGAAAUAUUGCUAAGCAAUUUCAGUUCAUCCAGGCACAAUGUGAUUUUUCAAAAUACUUCCAUCUCCAAAUAUUUUUAGAUGUAGUUUUUUUUGUGAUGUAUGAAGGAAAUGUUAUGUUUAGUUCUUUGAUUGCCUCUAACACAGCUUUGCCUUUUCAAGCAAUAACUAGGGAUUUAAAAAGCAACUCUUAGCCCUUUAUCACUUACGUUGCCCUUUAACGGCAUGAGAUGCUGGAGUAAUGUGGUUUCCUAAUUUCUGUCAAAUAACGAUGACUUUUGUCAUAUUAAAAAGACAAGCACAAGUGAAUCAUGGAACUGCAGAAAAAUAUUCCGUGGUUUCAUAGUUAAAAGUAAAACUCUAAAUCACCAGGCUUCAUAGUGAAGUCGUCGUCAGCUUAAAGCCACAUAAGUGGCUAAAGGGUCAACCUUGAUACACAUAGUACAGGAAAGCAAAAUUGCACCCGCCUUACCCAACAGUAAGUCAGGGGAACCCAAAUCUGCCGUACCUAAGGCUCCACUGGCCACUCUCCACAGAAUUUGCAUUUAAAGGCGCAGAAUUAAGUCUUUGUUUUAUGGGAAUCUAUGAAGUAGCAAGCAAAUUCCAGCAGAUAGCUGACCUGAGAGAGCUAGAGCCGAUGGGGCCCCAUCAGAUGACCUUUGACGUUUGCAUUUCUCUCAGUGGAGGGGCGAGGGACAGCGAGGCUACGUGGAGUUUGGUGUUGACUACUGUGUAUGAAUUUGAGCUAAUACCCUCCUGUAGGAUGCACUUUGACCACUCCUGGUGGCCACAUGGCAAAUUCUCAAGUGGAAAACUUAAUCUGAGCCAGGAUCUUUGAGUGACACCACCUGGCAGCUCCCUGCCCUCCUCUCCCAGAGUUCAGGGCCCCUUCGUUUGAAUCCUGGGCCUCCCUCAGCAGAACUCUGUAGAGAUUUGUCUCCAGCCCCCAGAGGGCCCUUGCUCCUCCAUCCAUUCUCACCUCCACAGGCUGCUGUGCAUCACAGGACCGCUUGUGGGGCAGUUGGGCCCAAACUUCUUACCUGGGAGUCUCCCUUGGAGUUCACCCUGACUCCUCCUAGUAAAAAUCGAGGGGAAGCAAACCAAACCAAACCAAAACAAACCAAAACAAAAACACUUCGCCUUUUAAAGGUUGUAUACCAAGUAUGCUUAGAUAAAUAAGCCACUUUUCUAUUACUUAAGAUGGAAGUAGUAAUUGAUACUAUUUAUUGUUUGUGUGUGGUAGCUUGAAGCACGCCACUGUCCAUUUAUUUGUAAGUGUAAAAUAUGUGUUUGUGUUUCAGCAGCACUUAAAAAAAGCCAGUGUCUGGUUACACAUUUCAAUUUUAAUUAAUUGACAUAAAAAUGUUAUCGCCAGUGCCAGCUGUACCCUAUUUAAUAAAAAAGGUACUAUGUUUGUACAUUAUUUUUUAAUGUUAAAAGGGCUUUUCUAAGUUUACAGUACACAUACUAAGUGACUUUAGGGAUGCUUUUGUGUUGAAAUGUUAUUAUAGUGGCUGCAGGCAGCAACCCAGAAACACUUUAAAAAGUUUUUUUUUUCUUGGGAAAAAUUCAAGCACUUCUUCCUUCCACCCUCAUUCCAACCACCCCGAUGGGGACAAUUCACAUUUCUUAGAUCAAAUUUCUGCCCUCUUUGCUGUGAGGGUUCAAUUUUUCUUUUAUCUUCCUCUCUCUCUCUCUCUCUCUCUCUCUCUCUCUCUCUCUCUCUCUCUCUUUUUCCAACUGAAUCCCUAAUUGAGAUGUAUAAUUUGUGAUUUCAAGACCAAAGCAAAGCCUUAUUACUGCUACAGAACCAUGUACUCAUCAACACUCUGUUUCCUUCAGGUUCACACGGCAUGGUUCUUAUGUUAGAGUUUACAGCGUGACCAGCGCAGCCACUUUUCAGAUCUGUUUUAGUUGUCUCACAAAAAUUAACCUUGUCAGAGUUCUAGAACAGGUACCAUUUGGAUUUAGAUGAGUGGAAUGACAUCCAACCUAUAACUGAAAAUGAGCAGACUUGCUCCUAUUUGCUCCUUAGGCUGUCUUAGCCCACCUUAAGAAAUCCACACCAGUAGGGACCAUCCAUUGCAAUUCAGAGGGGAGGAGAUGUUCAUGCUGGCUUAGAAAGUUCCUCCAUUCCCAGGAAAGGGACUGACUCAGAGUCUAGGUUAAUACAUGAAAACACAAAGCAUUAGCAAAAACAACAAUUCUAUCAAUGCUAUUUGAAAAGAACAGGAAUAAAUAAAUAAAAGAACUCUUCCAAACCUUGAAUUUGUGUUCUUAAAAAGAUAAUGCAUUUAAAAAAAAUAUUUUCUAUGUGAGAAUUUUUUAGAUGUUUGUUUACUUCAUGUUUACAAAUAACUGUUUGCUUUUUAAUGCAGUACUUUUGAAAUAUAUCAGCCAAAACCUUAACUUACAGUAACUUCUUAGGUACUCGGAAUAAAUUUCCAAUUUUUUGGAUAUGCUUUACCAUUCUUAGAUUUCUGUGGAACAACAAUUUGUAGCAUUUUGUGUAAAUACAAGCUUUUCAUUUUUAUUUUUUCCAAUUGCUGUUGCCCAAGAUUUGCUUUCCAUGCACAUAUUGUACAAAUUCUGCUUUGUGCCACAGGUCAUGAUUGUGGAUGAGUUUACUCUGAACUUCAAAGGGAUGAUUUGUAUUGUAUGUUGCAACUGUAAAUUGAAUUAUUUGGCAUUUUUCUCAUGAUUGUAAUAAUAAUUUGAAGUUUGAAUUUAAUUUUCAAUAA